CACAGUACAACAGUGUACACUAAAACUCCGUCGAGUGCACGGAAGACCCACGACCGACAUCACAGCACGGAGACAUAUGCGCAAUGUCAGGCGUCAACGCCACGAGGAUUAAAGCUGAAGAAAUUUUCUAUAGCACUCGCGUGGGUGGUGGACGGGAAGACAAUUCAGACUGUGCAAGCUUCGGGAAGCAACAGGAGUAUUCUGUUGAAGCGGUGAAUGACCACCCUGGCUCUUCCAUGCAGAUAUGA